CCCCCCCUGACAGCGACAUGCAGCAUCUCUUGGUGGUGACGGCUCUCGCCCUGCUGGCAGGUGGCGCUUCGGCACGGCCCGAGCCGGAAGCCCCUUACCCGGCUUCCGGCUGGCGUCCCGAGGGCCGGCAGUUCUUCCUGCCCGCGUCGUCGCGCUCCGCCGGGCUGUACGCGCCGCCGCCGCAGCAGUACGGCCCGCCGGCCACGACCACCGAAGCCGCCGAGACGACGACCACGGAGGCGGCCACGACCACGGAGGCGGCCGACGCAGACGUGGGCGCGGCCGGCGCGCGGUCGCAGGCGCAGCGCGAGCCGCUGGAGGACUCCGAGGCGGGCGUCUACUUCGUGCUGCUGCCCGACGGCCGCCUGCAGCGCAUCGCCUACGCGCACGGGCCCGCCCCCGCCUCCUUCUCGCUGCUGCCCGAGCGCCUCACGCUGCCCGGCGCCGCCCCCGUGCCCGUCGACCCGGGCUACCUGGCGCGCUUCCACUACCAGGACCUGCUGCCCCAGGGGGCGCCCGUCUUCGCCUACCAGCAGGCCGGGCUCACGCGCAUCGCCUGAGGCGCUCCGCGAAACUGCGUGGCGCAUCCGUCUAAGGCUGUGAAUCAAUUCUUAGGUCUCCAGGGUCACCUUCGAUUCACCAAAGAAACAAGUGCUUCUCUCUUAGAUGAUAAGAAUAUCACGAUCAUGCUCAUUUAAGCUAUGUAUUCGCAAUAAAUAUUACUUUAGAGCUAUUCUUUGUACACAAUUUCUUCUUUGCCAACGUUUUAAAUAAAUCUGCACAUUCGUGAAUCACCUAAAAGUAA